AUGGGAUUUAAUGAUAUAUCUCAAGUGUUGAAGGAAGCCUGGCCAGAAGAGGUAUUUAAAUAUACAAAAAUAGACGAUACAGACGUGUCUUCGCUUAAUAAAGAAGAUGACAUUACUGUAAUUGUAGACCCGCAGAACUCAAAACUGAACAAAACGAUGGAAACGCUAGAGCUGAUUCCCCCUGACUUAGCCAACUUAAUUAAAGAAAGUGACGACAAAGUUGAUUUUAUCCUAAAUUCAACCAUAACCGUUAAUAAAAACAAGGACGAAUCUGAAAAAGUCCGUGUUGUUUACACUGUACCAUGGGGAACGAUACACGAAGGAACAAAAAGUUUAGAAAAAUUAUACACACAAGUCAGAAGCUUGAAAGACGCUAUGGAAAUCCAUCCGACCAGCAGUAUACACGUGAUUAUUAAUGGCGGUAUGGAAAAUGAGAAUCCUAGGAAAAUUUUCGAAUAG